ACAAAUGCUAUUAACGAUAUUGUCCAUUUAAGUUUGGGCCUUAUCAUCCUCUUUAUCGCGCAUAUAUAUUACUCACAACGAACAUCAAGCAUAAACCCUAGAAGCAGCGGCACCAGAGACUCAACCCUAGCUCCCGCAACAAUGGUGUUUGUGAAAGCCAACAAACCGAGGGCUUACUUCAAGAGGUUUCAGGUUAAGUUCAAGAGAAGGCGAGAGGGAAAAACUGAUUACCGUGCCAGGAUUCGCUUGAUCAAUCAGGACAAGAACAAGUACAACACUCCCAAGUACCGCUUUGUUGUGCGAUUUACAAACAAGGAUAUCACUGCACAGAUUAUCUCUGCUAGCAUAGCCGGGGAUAUGGUACUUGCAGCUGCCUAUUCACAUGAGCUUCCUCGUUAUGGGCUCGAAGUAGGCCUAACAAACUAUGCUGCAGCUUACUGCACCGGACUUCUCUUGGCCCGUCGUGUUUUAAAAAAGCUGGAAAUGGAUGAUGAGUAUGAAGGCAAUGUUGAGGCAACCGGAGAGGAUUAUUCAGUUGAACCUGCGGAAAGCCGAAGACCCUUCCGAGCUCUGCUUGAUGUUGGCCUUUUGAGGACAACUACAGGAAAUCGUGUCUUUGGUGCUCUUAAGGGUGCUUUGGAUGGUGGCCUUGACAUUCCUCACAGUGAGAAAAGGUUUGCUGGCUUCUCGAAGGAUUCCAAACAGCUUGAUGCUGAGGUUCACCACAAGUAUAUCUAUGGUGGCCAUGUUGCUGCAUACAUGAAGACACUGAUUGAAGAUGAGCCUGAGAAAUAUCAGACUCACUUCUCUUUGUAUGCUAAGAAAGGAGUUGAUGCAGAAAACAUUGAGGAACUUUACAAGAAAGUUCAUGCAGCGAUACGAGCAGAUCCAUCAAUUAAGAAGAUUGAGAAACAGCCACCCAAGGAACACAAGAGGUACAACUUGAAGAAACUUACUUAUGAUGAGAGGAAGAACAAGUUGAUUGAGCGUUUGAAUGCCCUUAAUAACGCUGCUGGAGCUGACGAGGAUGAUGAAGAGGAUGACUAAAUAAAAUCAUUGGAUGUUUGAACUAUAUCUUCUUUCUUACCCCUGUAGUUCAGUAACAAUUGGUUUUGUUCAGUUACCGGAAUUUUGCAUAUUUAGUUAUUUCGACUUUAUAAGGAUUUUGGACCUUGAUGGGUUACGAAGUUCAGCUUUAAAUCUAAAGAAGCAGACCUUAGUUUUUGUUGGUUCUCUAUAUGUGCCUGAUAUUUUUUUGUAUGGUAUUGUGUAUCUUGGUGCC